GUGAAUAGCGCUGCUCAUAGGCGGGCGCGUCGCGGCGUUAUAGCGCCUUUACAUGAGCAUAACGCCGAAGAGACGCCCUCCGUGCCGCGGUCCGAUAGCGCCGUCUUUUGCGGGUCGGCGCCGCACGCCCCGUCCCACUUCCGCCGCUCGCCUCCAGGUGUCGCUGCGGAUCUAAAAACGACCGAGCCGCGUCUGCAGCGGGCGUUAAUAAUGACGUCACAACAAAUCCAUCAUAAAGACGCCGUGAAGGAGGUAAACUAAACAAAACGCAACACAACAGAUGGAUGAGUGAAUGGAGGCAACGCAGCGGACGCUGGGAAAAUAGUCCAAAAUGAAGAAGAAACACGCCAUAAAAUCACUUUUUACACCCUAUGGCCCCAAACUUGCCAUCGACCACUUCCGUCGGCGCGGACUCGCGCUAAGACACGCGCGCGAAACAGGGGGGGCCGCGAGCAGGACGAGUGACUCGGCGUCCCGGUGGGAGGGGCUACUACUUCUGGGAAGUCUGUGCACAUCCGAAGGCAACGCGUGCGGACAAGGGGCCGCGCGUCUCUGUGACACGCGCGCGCGCGCGCACGCACACGCGCACACCUGAUGAGCAUCUUCUCCAUCCCGACUCCAGUAUUCGCUCUUGACGCCGGAGGAGCGCGCCGACGUCCCUGUGGAUUUCCGACCGCGACACCCGAAGGAGGUCUUCCACAGAUCCCGAAGGACACCGACGAGGACGUUGUUGUCUCAUGGUCUAAGUUACAGAGGGGGGACAUGGCACUGUCGCUUCAACGCAGCUAUCUGUUUCUGCUGUCUCUGGCAGCGGUGCACAGCUGUCACGGCGCUGCUCAGAGCUGCAUGGAUAAGCACCAGGUGGUUGGGGUGCUUCGUCAGAUGGAGAAGUUUCUGAAGGGCCAGGAAAUCCGCUUCACAGAGGGCAUCCGCAUCAUGAAAUCCAAGCUGGCCACACUUCAGAACUCCGUCUCAAAGUUACCUCAAGCCGACCAGUCGGCCGAUGUGAGCGAGUGUGCCAGUAACCCCUGCCAGAAUGGGGGUACCUGCGUAGAGGGGGUAAACCAGUAUAAGUGCACCUGCCCACAGAACUGGAGCGGCUCUAACUGCCAGCACCAAACCCAAACAGCACCACCCGAAUGGAGCGUGAUGAAUGACCCGGCCUUCAGCAGGAGGCCCCGCUGUGCGAAGGUGGACCGGGCCCAGCACUGUAGCUGUGACGCAGGCUUCCACAUGAGCGGCACCUCUGACAACAGCAUCUGCCAGGAUGUGAACGAGUGCGAGGUUUACCGGCUGGACCAGGGGGGGAAGCUGUGUGUCCACGAGUGCGUGAACGUCCCAGGCUCCUACCACUGCUCCUGCCCCAGCGGCUACAAAGUGCUACCGGACGGGAGGAGCUGCGAGGAUGUGGACGAGUGUCUAAGCCAGCAGCACAACUGCAGCCGGGGCACAACCUGUAUCAACACGGGGGGAGGCUUCCAGUGCGUCGACCCCGAAUGCCCCCGCUCCCACGGCAACAUCAGCUACGUCAAGACGUCCGCCUUUCAGUGUGAGAGGAACCCCUGCCCGAUGGACAGUCGCUCCUGCCACCUGGCUCCUAAGACGGUGUCCUUCCACUACCUGUCUUUGCCGUCCAAUCUGAAGACUCCAGCCACCCUCUUCCGCAUGGCCACCGCCGCCGCGCCCGGGCGCACCGGGCCGGACAGCCUGCGCUUCGGCAUCGUGGGGGGCAACUCCCGCAGCACCUUUGUCAUGCAGCGCUCGGACAGACAGACCGGCGAGCUGAUUCUGGUCCAGCAGCUGCAGGGGCCGCAGGACAUCAACGUGGACGUGGACAUGUCCGAGUACAGCGACCGCGUCUUCCAGGCCAAACACGUGGCCAAAGUCCACGUCCUGGUUUCGCCUUAUAACUUCUGAGGCCGCUUUUCCGCAGGAGGGAAGACUCGAUGGACAAAGGGGCAGAGGAACGGGAAGAAAGAGUGUGUAAAUGGGUACUGGUUUUGUUUUUGUUUUGGUCUUUUGAUGCUUUCACAUCCCCCCCCCCGUAUCGUAUAUCCAUAUUCAUCCAGAGCAGGCAGGCAGGCGCUUGGCCGGCUGUUGGCCCCAAGUGGCCAGACCCGGUUUGAAGGUGUGAGAGAAUCGCCCGAGGAGACAAAGAGCCGUUUCUGCAACACAAUUUAAAUCACAGGGUGAAGAUAUGGCGAUAACAUACGACCCGGUCACGUGUUUGUUUGGGGGUUUUUUUUUGGUACGGUUUGACUGAUGCUGUGCUUUUCAGUAAGCGAUGGGAUGACGAGGCCGAGUAGCUCAGCUAAAACGAUGGGGGGAGGCUCUGGAUCGGUAUCGGCAAUGUUCUAGCGACUGCUUGUAUGUCUGUUUAUCCCCGUGUAGCUCGGGAUGGGGCCCCGGAGUUAUUGCACUGCCUUAGCUUCACCCGGUGGGAGUCAUGAACCCCCUAUACCACACCGGCGCUCCCAUGACUCCUAUUUAUUGGAAAUACUUUCGCCGGCUUUCACAUUGUAAUAUACGCAGCGUGUUUACCUUUCACCGUAUACUGUAUAUUUGUUUUUCUACCGGCUCGCUUUGUUACAGGGACCAUUUAUACUCCCAGCUAAGGAGGGUGUGGAGCACUAGCUGCAGUAAUGUACCCGGGCAUAUUUCUGCUAUUACUCUUAUUCCGUAUGCUAUCAAGACAUUGUGUAAUUCAGUGGAAGUUCUGGCAGGCGUGCCAACGCUCUACGCCAUAUAACCGGUAUUCGAGUUGGUCUCUACAUAACUGUUUUUCCUCAACUGAAAUAAAGUCAGUCCAACAGUU